CGUGCGUGAGUGCGUGCGUGUGUGAACGUGUGUGCAUGGUGGUGGUGGUGUAGCCUGGUGUUAUUUUCUUACGAAUUGGACUAAGCCGGGGAUCGGAGUCUGAUGUCACAUGUGCUUCAUCGGAGGAGACGGGGCAUCUGCAAGCUGGAUUUUGUGGAGGAUGCUGCGGCAAGUGAUACACAGAGGGCUCAAGGCUUCAUUCUACUGGCUGGGCUUAUUCGUUAGCAGGCAUCCCGUUUUCUUCCUCACGGUCCCCGCAGUCCUCACCAUCAUUUUCGGAUCUACCGUGCUCAGCCGCUUCAAGCCGGAGACGGACCUGGAGGUGCUGGUCGCCCCUACUCACAGCCUCGCCAAGAUCGAGCGGAGUCUCGCCAACAGCCUGUUUCCCAUCGACCAGUCGAAGCACAAGCUGUACUCGGAUCUGCACACCCCGGGCAGAUAUGGCAGGCUGAUCCUGCUGGCAAAGUCCGGGGGGAACAUCCUGGAGCUGGCCGACCAGGUCCUGCAGGUCCACAAGCAGGUGUUGGAUUUGCGCGUCAAUUACAAGGGAUUCAAUUACACGUUCGCGCACCUCUGCGUCCUGAGCCACAGGGACAAGCGCUGCCUCUUGGAUGAUAUCAUCACCAUCUUCGAGGAUAUCAGACAGGCGGUGCUUUCCAACAGCACUUUCCUUAAGGUGCCCGUGAGCUAUCCAAACACAACAUUAAAGGAUGGCCGUGUGUCCUUCAUCGGCCACCAGCUGGGUGGCGUGUCCUUCUCGCCCAACAGCCGGGACCAGCAGGUCAAGUUCGCCCGUGCUGUCCAGAUUACCUACUACCUCCGCAACCAUGGCCCUGUGGUGCAGGAUGCCAUCGCAGAGCGCUGGGAGAACGAGUUCUGCGCCCUGGUCAACCGGCUGUCCACAGCCGAGGCCCCCCAUGCAACCGACCAGCUCCACGUCCAGUCGCUCACCUCCUUCAGCCUGUGGCGGGAUUUCCACCAGACCGGCGUCUUGGCCAAGGGGGAAGUGCUGGUCAGUCUCGUGCUGGUACUCUUGGCCGCCACCAUCUCUAGCUCCAUGCGGGACUGUCUAAGGGGGAAGCCGUUCCUGGGCCUCCUGGGCGUGCUGACCAUCUGUAUCGCCAACGUCACGGCUGCAGGAAUCUUUUUUAUAUCAGACGGGAAGUUCAACUCCACGCUGCUAGGAAUCCCAUUCUUUGCUAUGGGCCAUGGAACUAAAGGAGUGUUUGAGCUGCUGGCGGGCUGGAGGAGAACGAGGGAAAACCUCCCCUUCAAGGAGCGCGUGGCGGAUGCCUUUGCUGACGUGAUGGUAUGCUACACCAUGACCAGCUCGCUUUACAUCAUCACCUUCGGAAUGGGAGCCAGCCCGUUCACCAACAUAGAGUCUGUGAAGAUCUUCUGCCAGAGCAUGUGCGUCGCCAUUCUGGUCAACUACUUCUAUGUCUUCUCUUUCUACGGCUCCUGCCUCGUGUUCGCCGGACAGCUGGAGCAGAACCGCUACCACAGCGUUUUUUGUUGUAAAAUCCCCUCGGUGGAGUACCUGGACCGCCAGCCCACAUGGUUCAAAACCAUGAUGAGCGACGGCCACGACUUGUCCACACACCACGACAGCAUCCCCUAUCAGAACCACUUCAUCCAGCACUUUCUACGCGAGCACUACACAGAAUGGAUUACCAACACCUACGUGAAACCGUUUGUGGUCAUCCUGUACCUCAUUUACGCCUCGUUCUCAUUCAUGGGAUGUUUACAAAUCAGCGACGGAUCCAAUGUGGUCAACCUGCUGGCUAGUAACUCUCCAAGUGUGACGUAUGCUAUGACCCAGCAGAAGUACUUCAGUAACUACAGUCCUGUGAUCGGGUUCUACAUUUAUGAGCCCAUCGAGUACUGGAACUCCACAGUUCAGGAGCAUCUGAAGACUCUUAGUCACGGCUUCAACAAAAUCUCCUGGAUGGACAAUUUCUUCCACUACCUGAGGGUGGUGAAUGUGAGCGCGUCGACAAAAAACGACUUCAUCUCCAUACUCAAAGGCUCCUUCCUGCGCAGCCCCGAGUACCAGCACUUCACAGAGGACAUCAUAUUCUCCAAGAACCGCGAGACCGACGAGUACGACAUUAUCGCCUCAAGGUUGUACUUGGUGGCGCGGACGACAGAAAAGAAGCGGGAGGAGGUGGUGGAGCUUCUGGAGAAGCUUCGCCCGUUGAUGCUCAUCAACAGCAUCAAGUUCAUCGCCUUCAAUCCUACAUUUGUAUUCAUGGAUCGCUACAGCUCGUCCGUCAUAUCGCCCAUCCUAACCUCAGGCUUCAGCGUGCUCACAAUCCUCAUCCUCACUUUUUUUCUCGUCAUCAACCCCUUGGGGAACUUCUGGCUCAUUCUCACGGUUACCUCUGUAGAGCUGGGCGUCUUGGGCCUGAUGACCCUGUGGAACGUUGGCAUGGACAGCAUCUCGAUCCUGUGCCUUAUUUAUACCCUCAACUUUGCCAUGGAUCACUGUGCGCCACAUCUGUACACUUUUGUGCUGGCCACCGAGCACACCAGGACACAGUGCAUCAAGCUGGCGCUGGAGGAGCACGGGGCGGCCAUCCUGCAGAACGCAUCCUGCUUCGUGAUAGGGAUCAUGCCCCUGGUAUUUGUGCCUUCCAAUCUGACCUACACACUGUUCAAGUGCUCCCUCCUCACCGCGGGCUGCACCGUGCUGCACUGCUUUGUCAUCCUGCCCGUUUUCCUGACCUUCUUCCCGCCGUCCAAAAAGAGGCACAAGAAAAAAAAACGGGCCAAGCGUAAAGAGCGGGAAAGGGAGAGGGAACGGGAAAGAGAGAGAGAGCGAGAACGAGAGGAGAUAGAGUGCAUUGAAGUCAGGGAGAAUCCUGAUCAUGUAACAAACGUCUGA